AUGGAGAAACUAUUGAAGCCUACCCAUCUGGAUCUGGACCCCAGCUCCUCUUCUGCAGCAAAGGAAUGGCGGCAUUGGCACAAGACGUUUUCCAACUUUAUUCAGGAAUGUGGUGAAAUGGCUCCAAAUAAACUAAGGACACUCGUGAACUAUGUCAGUCUUAAUAUGUAUGACUACAUUGAGGAGUGUGUGAAUUAUGAUACUGCCAUUUCCACUUUGGAAAAGUUAUAUAUUAAGGCACCUAAUAAAAUAUUCUCCAGGCAUUUACUUGCUACUCGCCAACAAAAGGCAGGAGAAACUUUGGAUGAGUUUUUGAGAGAAUUGCGUAAAUUAGGCAAGGACUGUAAUUUGAAGGCAGUUAGUACAGAACAGUACAGAGAGGAGCUGAUCAGGGAUGCUUUUAUAAAUGGCUUGGCCUCACCUAUGAUUCGGCAGCGUCUUCUUGAAAACAAAACUCUAGACUUACAGGCAGCUUACGACCAGGCUUACUCUUUAGACCUUGCGCAACGUAAUGCUAGUUUUUACAGUCACAUGCUUCCUCAUGUUGGGCAUACUGCUGCUGUAGUUACCCCUGAUCAUGCUCUUAUUGCAGAUGAUCAUGUGAAGAGUGGACCAAUGUCUGAGAGCUGUCGGGAUUCCAUUUGCAAUAAAUGUGGUAGGAAGGGGCAUUUUGCAAAAGCGUGCCUGUCCAAACAAUCUGCAUAUGGAGGUAAAUCUACAGCAGCUACAGUAUUUGAUCCCUCACAGUCAUCAAUUGUUGCGGCUAACGCUGGGACCACUAUUCCUCAGACCCUCUAUCGGGCAGCUACCACAACAACAAUCAAUGGACGGAAGUUGACAGCCCUUGUCAACUCGUGCAGUGAUGAUAGUUAUAUAGAUGCAGAUGUAGCAUGGGAUUUAAAGCAGCCAAUACAUCCCACCGAUAAAGACGUCGGUUUAGCACAGAAAUCUUUGCAUACAAACUCUCCAGGUUAUGUCAAUGUGGACUUGACUCUUCAUCUUAAUGGAGAAACUUAUCCAUCCACGCGUCUAGCCGUAAUGAAGGAUUUAUGUUCGGGAGUAUUACUUGGUCAGGACUUCCAAGAACAGCAUCAGAAAGUGACUUUUGAAUACGGUGGACCGAAACCUGCGCUCAACUUAUCUGGUGCUAACUCCUACUGUUCGUUGGCAGCCGCUGCUGUGGAUGAGCCUUCUAUCUUCCAGCAUUUGUUACCUAAUUGUAAGCCUAUUGUCACCAAAUCAAGACACUACUGUAAAGGUGACAAAGAAUUCAUUGAAGCGGAGACUAGUCGUCUCUUGGCUGAGGGUGUUAUUGAGGAUAGCAUAUCACCGUGGAGUGCUCAAGUUGUGGUGGUUAAGGAUCCCUUAAAUCGACAUAAGAAAAGGAUGUGUGUCGAUUAUUCACAAACUAUCAACCUGUAUACAGAACUGGAUGCUUAUCCAUUACCUCGGAUUGACACCAUGGUUAAUGAACUCUCAACAUAUAGAGUAUUUUCGACUUUUGACUUGAAAAGUGCUUACCACCAAAUCCCACUAAAGGAAUCAGACAAGAAGUAUACAGCUUUUGAAGCCAACGGACGCCUGUACCAGUUCUAUAGAGUACCUUUUGGAGUUACCAAUGGAGUAGCAGUCUUUCAACGAACUAUGGAUAAGUUGGAGAAAGAAGAAAACUUACAAGGUGCUUUCCCAUAUUUGGACAAUAUCACUAUUGCUGGACACACUCAAGAACAACAUGAUCAGAAUGUGCAGUGCUUUCUUGAGGUCAUCAACAAGAGGAACCUAACUCUCAAUGCUACUAAAACUAUCAAAUCUGUGCGUACCAUUAACAUUCUUGGCUGCUGUGUAGGGAAUGGUGUUAUAAAGCCUGACAUGGAAAGACUCCGGCCUCUACAAGAACUACCACCUCCCACUAGUCAAGGAUCUUUAAAGAGGGCAAUGGGUAUGUUUGCUUAUUAUAUUAAAUGGAUACAGAAUUUUUCUGCUAAGAUUCAACCACUGGCAAGAGUAAAGAAAUUCCCUUUAAAUGAAGAAGCUUUGCAGGCUUUUGAACUACUCAAACAGGAACUUGAAGGAGCAACACUACACUCUGUGGAUGUAAAUUUGCCUUUUGAGGUAGAAUGUGAUGCCUCUGAAGUAGCAGUCUCGGCAGUACUCAACCAGAGUGGCAGGCCUGUGGCCUUCAUGUCUAGGACUUUACAAGGAAGUGAAGUACACUAUCACAUCAUAGAAAAGGAAGCCAUGGCUAUCGUGGAAGCUGUACGUAAUAAUCUACUGAAGUUUAAGUUGAAUAAAGCUUGGAUAGCAGCAGGCAAGCCUUUUAAUGUCCCAACAACUUUAUUUAAAAACUUCGAGUACAAUGCAAUAUUACAUUAA